AUGACACGUGCCACCACAAUGGCCGAUAAUCUGCUGUACCUGUUCAUCAACCACAUUCCCGACCUGUACCAGUCUAGUCACGAUGUCCUGGAUUCCUUCUACGAAGCCCGUGCUUCCAUGUCUACGGCCGGCGUUACGGUUCCAGAUCUGGAGGCUAAGGCAAUGGAACUGCAAAGCCUCGUGAAUUGCCUAGAAGUCAAAGGCAACCAGGUUGAGGCACUCCUCCGCCAGGUCGAUCUUGACACUGUCGGUAAGCUGCUUAGUAGUCUCUCGAUGUACCAGGAUCUGACCGAGGCGCAAGCAAGGGGCAUGGUGUUGGAAUACUGUCAAGACGUUCGGUUGAAGUUCUACUGGUGUCGGCCACAAGCGUUGGAAGUAAAAAAAACCAUGAUAGCUGGCACGUUAUCGCAGGUCAAGAGGGCGCGAAUAGAUAUAUUCUAA